AUUAUAAAAUGAGAUGAGCUCCAUUGAUGCUCUAGUGUUCAGCAAAGUGCACAAUCAUAAGUCACCAUGAAAGUCUUCAUCGUUCUUAUUGCUUGCCUUGUUGCAUCUGCAUACUCAAGGCAAGUGAUUGUAAGAUAUGUCGAUCCUGAAGCAAUCAGAAUCCAUCCUGAAGUGAUCAGAAUUCAACGACCACUGAUAGAUCCCGUACCGCCAAAAAGGAGCUUCUUAGGCGAAGCUUUCAACCAAGUGGGAGAAUUAGCAGCCGAUACUGUUGAUACUGCAGGAAGAAUUGCACAGGGUAUUGUCGAAGUGCCAGCUACAUUGGUAUCCAAAACCGUUGAAGAAGCUGGAAAAGGUGCUGCCAAAGCUCUCAGAGAAACUGGCAAUGUAGCUGCAAGAGCUGUAGAACAUGUUGAACAUGGAAUUGACAAUAUGUUCAGCGGAUGGGACUAAUAAGCCGAAAUUUUAAUAUUUCUUUAUUUGAUUAUUUUAAUCGAUCCAUACUAAUAUAUGUUUAUACCUGAAGCUUAACAGAAAUAAACGAUAUUAUUAAUAUUGA